GCGGCCCGGGAGCUGCCGAUCGGCGCCGGGACAAAGGCGCGGCCCCCGGCGCCCCGAGCGGCCCGAGCCGGGCGCACAGCCGGGCGCAGCGCGCCCCCCGCCGCGCCUGACAUGAUGUUUCCGCAAAGCCGCCACUCGGGCUCGUCGCACCUACCCCAGCAGCUCAAGUUCACCACCUCCGACUCCUGCGACCGCAUAAAAGACGAGUUCCAGCUCCUGCAGGCCCAGUACCACAGCCUGAAGCUCGAGUGUGACAAGCUGGCCAGUGAGAAGUCCGAGAUGCAGCGCCAUUAUGUGAUGUACUAUGAGAUGUCCUACGGCCUGAACAUCGAGAUGCACAAGCAGGCUGAAAUCGUCAAGAGACUCAACGGCAUCUGUGCCCAGGUCCUGCCCUACUUGUCCCAGGAGCACCAGCAGCAGGUCUUGGGAGCCAUCGAGAGGGCCAAGCAGGUCACCGCGCCCGAGCUCAACUCCAUCAUCCGACAGCAGCUCCAGGCGCACCAGCUGUCGCAGCUCCAGGCGCUGGCCCUGCCCCUGACGCCCCUGCCGGUGGGGCUGCAGCCCCCGUCGCUGCCGGCGGUCAGCGCGGGCUCCGGGCUCCUGUCGCUGUCGGCGCUGGGCUCGCAGGCGCACCUCUCCAAGGAGGACAAGAACGGCCACGACGGGGACGCGCACCAGGACGACGACGGGGAGAAGUCGGAUUAGCCGCGCCGGCCGGGAGCGGGGCGGGGAGGCGGGGACGCCGCGCGGCCCAGGGGCCCGGGACGGCCCGGCUCCGUGGUAUUUAUGGUCGCCGGCCGGGGCCCUGGCCCUGCCCGCGCAGCCCCCGGGCUUCGCUCCCGCCCAGCCCCCUGCCUCCCCCGCAGCCUGAGCAGGUGACCCCUGCCCAGGUGGGCCACGCCGAGGAGGGCAGCGGGGGACCAGGUCCGCGGGGAGCAGGACCUCGAGAAACCCCUCCCUCCCUGCACCCCCUCCCGCACAGGCCACCGCAGCCCACCCCGGCACUGCAUGCGACACCUCCCGCCCGGGCACCCCAGAGUGGCCCCGGACCCACCUGCUCCUCCUCGCUUCCCACGCACCUCCCCCGCCAGUUCCUCACGCCCCCAGCCACCUGGUCCCCUCCCCUCGCCCGCGAGGGGGGCCCGAGCGAGCGCCCAGAGCUUAGCGGGACGCGCAGAGCGGGGACCGAGCGGGGGCGCCCGGACUUCCCUCCACCCUUCCCAAAUAAAGAUGAGGGUACUACGUC